AAGUGCAAUACCAGAAAACAUACUGUAUCCACAGCAUCCGUCUGUUGUCCCUGACAACAGUUACCAUAGAUACCAGGGUAACAGGCCACAGAAUGUAGGACAUCCUUACCCUGACAGACCUCUUAGCAGACCGGCCUAUCAGGAGCCGUCAUCUUAUCACCAUAACUACGAGUACCAUGACAACGUCAUCCAUCAACGUCAGCGCAGUAAUGAAUACAUUCCACAACGUCAGCAAGCCAUCGAUCACUUCCAUGAGCGACAAAACAGUGACUUGUUCGAACAACACACACAAGAGUUCUACUCACAGACUCCCCCCAACACGGCCGUAUACACCCCGAGAACACUGGCAGAACACGAAAGGGCCGUAUACACCCCGAGAACACUGUCAGAACACGGAAAGUGCCCCAGUCCUAAUGAGACAAUAUCCCCAUCCCCAGCCUCCCCCAGGCCCUGCCCCUCAAUAUGGGGACCCUAUUUUUGCCUAUAGAGACCCAAUUUAUACGUCAAUGGCAGGCAAACGCUCGGUGCAGUCGCUUUCACAGACAGGCUCAGCCAAAGUUUGACACAGAUGAAUAUGUCCCUUUUUCGAUCAUUCCUUCAUUUCGGUAUUUGACAUUGAUCAAUGAUGAUCUCAUUGCUCUACACAAUGCCAAAGUUUUGUAUGGUGGAGUUUUGUGAUGUCGGACACAGCAUCAGGAAAUUCAGAAUUUUCUCUUGACCACCAGAAAUCCUUCGAACAUCGUAGAGCUCAAGAGAGAGAUGCGUGCAUGGUUCUGUCAUGGAAAUUAUCUAAGUAACUCUCCUUUUGUGUGUCAUUCAAGAGUGUGAGACCGACCGCAAGAAAGUCCACUGUUGAAUGAAGUGAACCUUCAAAUGUAGGUGACGUUUCCUGAACUGAGACAAUCGGUGGUGUACAUCUUGGGCUGUGUGUAUUUAGUUUUGUUUGUGUCUUAUGUGCACGAAGUGGUGGGCCAAUCUUAUUCAGAAAUAGAAAUAUAGGACCAGAAUACUUUAUGCAGAUGUCAUCUAAUCAUUGUAAAGGUCAUAAAAAUGUGAUUCAAUCAUCGUAGAGCUAUAUGGAUAUCAUCCAAUCAGUGUAAAUAAAGGUAAUAAAAUAUUAUCCAAUCAUUGUCAAGGUAUACAGAUAUAAUCCAAUCAUUGUGAAGGUAUACAGAUAUCAUCCAAUCAUUGUAAAGGUAACAAAAAAUUAUUCAAUCAUUAUAAAGGUAUAUAGAUGUCAUCCAAUCAUGGUAAACUUCAUGAUAUAUGUAUGUAAAGUUAUGGAGGUGCCAUCCGAUCAUUUAGGAUAUUGGAUUAUUUCAUCCAAUUACUACAAAGUUAGGGUACAGAUGUGAUCCAAUCGUUUUGAAUAUUAUGCAGAUGUCAUCCAAUCGUUGAGGAGAUAUAAAUAGCAUCCAAUAUCAUUAUAAAGUUAUGCAGAUUUGUGAUAGAGAUAGCAUUAUAAUCAAUUGUGCAGUAGACCAGGUGCACAUGACUCGUUAUGCAGAUUGUGUGUGAAUAGCUGUCUGAGGUUUUUCUUUCCUUCAUGCCUUUUCUACCUAUUAAUUGAUGAGAAAACACUGGUAUUUAAAUAAUGUUGUGUACAUUUAACAUUCCUUAUUAGAGGAGAGCCGUGUAUUCACAAAAGGGUAGAUAUAUUGUAUUUUAUCUAAUAGUAUAUUUUUAUAUUGUUCAUAGAACCGUUUUUAUAUAAAAAUGCAGACACAUAUUGACUUCUGUACAGAAAUAUGUACACUACUGUACAGACACAAGUACACUACUGUACAUACACAUAUACACUACUGUACAGACACAUAUACAUUACUGUACAGACACAUAUACACUACAGACACAAGUACACUACUGUACAUACACAUAUACACUACUGUACAGACACAUGUACACUACUGUACAGACACAUGUACACUACAGACACAUGUACACUACAGACACAUGUACACUACUGUACAGACACAUGUACACUACUGUACAGACACAUGUACACUACAGAUACAUACACACUACUGUACAGACACAUGUACACUACUGUACAGGCAAAUGUACACUACUGUACAGACACAUGUACACUACUGUACAGACACAUGUACACUACAGAUACAUACACACUACUGUACAGACACAUGUACACUACAGACACAUGUACACUACUGUACAGACACAUGUACACUACUGUACAGACACAUGUACACUACUGUACAGACACAUACACUACUGUACAGACACAUGUACACUACUGUACAGACACAUGUACACAACAGACACAUGUACAUUACUGUACAGACACAUGUACACUACAGACAGAUACACACUACUGUACAGACACAUACACACUACUGUACAUACACAUGUACACUACAGACACAUGUACACUACUGUACAGACACAUGUACACUACUGUACAGACACAUAUACACUACUGUACAGACACAUGUACACUACUGUACAGACACAUGUACACUACUGUACAGACACAUUUACACUACUGUACAGACACAUGUACACUACAGACACAUACACACUACUGUACAGACACAUGUACACUACUGUACAGACACAUGUACACAACAGACACAUGUACACUACUGUACAGACACAUGUACACUACAGACACAUGUACAGUACUGUACAGACACAUGUACAAACACAUACAUUGACAUGUACACAAUUGCACACUACUGUACAGAUUUUAAAGAAGACAUUACAAAGUAUCAGUUUUAUUUUCAUGUUUAUUUUUACCAAGUGAAGAAAGCAGAUGUUAAGUAGAUACACCCAUAAGCAACCUAAAAAAACAUGUGAAGUUGCGAUCCUCCAGAUGUGUGUGUUAUGAGGACUACCCUUUAGCUUGUAUUCAAUCUGUAACAGUGUGUGCAGGAAUCAUGCAAAAGGGGAAUUAUACAUAUUCUUAACACACACCCCCCCCCCUGUCUUUUUGUCUGUGUAUCUGUCUCACAACUCUAACUUUGGUUGUUACUGUUCAAUAACAAAAGGUGGAGAAUUUGUACUUGGUAAAUAGGUGUUCAAGGUCAAAGUUAUUUCAAUAAAGAAGUCAAGGUCAAAUUAGCCAUAAUAAAACUUGAUCAGAAUCCUAUUUUUGUUAUGAAUUUUGCUGUUAGAAAUGUUGAUAAGCUAGCCUCACCAAUCCUCAUAUUGUAGAGAUGUUGAUAAGCUAGCCUCACCAAUUCUCAUAUUGUAGAGAUGUUAAUAAGCUAGCUUCACCAAUUCUCAUAUUGAAUUUGUUUGUGCAUUCUACACUCAAUGCAUAAAUGGUGAGAUAUAAAUAAUCUAGGGUAGAUAUCUCUAGAUUGUGAAUGAUAUCUAAGGUAGAUAACUCUAUGUUAUGAAUGGUAUCUAAGGUAGAUAACUCUGGAUUGUGAAUGAUAUCUAAGGUAGAUAACUCUAUGUUAUGAAUGGUAUAUAAGGUAGAUAACUCUACGUUAUGAAUGGUAUCUAAGAUAGAUAACUCUACGUUAUGAAUGGUAUCUAAGGUAGAUAACUCUGGAUUGUGAAUGGUAUCUAAGGUAGAUAACUCUAUGUUAUGAAUGGUAUCUAAGGUAGAUAACUCUGGAUUGUGAAUGGUAUCUAAGGUAGAUAACUCUGCAUUGUGAACCAUAUUCAUUAUUGUUUAUGAAAAGGAUAUAGGACUUUGCUCUGUUAUUUAAAAAAUGACUCAUUAUCAGAGAUGAAAACAAUGAUUUUGGUUUUUGUAAGGGGGGGGGGUGGAUCACAGAUUUUUGUCCUCUACAUGAUUCUUGACUGACUGACACGUGACACCAAUUCAGGGACGCAUUCUGUAAAGUAGUGAUGUUACAUCAUCUCAUGGUUGUGCUCGGAAAAUGUUUAUUCCCCGACAUUUUUAGUGUAGAUAUGUGUGGAAACAUUGAAUCCUCUUUUUACAGUGUAUGUCAACAAAUGUUCACCGAGCUCUAUUUCAGUUUCUAUGGAAACAUUUAAUCAUCUUUUUACAGUAAUAUGUCAUAAAAUGUUCACAGAGUGGUAUUUCAGUUGCUAUGGUAAACAAAUUGUUUGUCUCCCAUUACUGAGAAGAAUAUAUAGCCAUGAAAUUUAUGUUUAUAAACUCUUAACCUUGAUGAAAUCAGAAAAUGAAAUAAAGAAGAAAAUAAU